CUAGCGAACCUUACCUGACACAUCCCCCUUGUGCCUUGGCUCAGGUAUUCUCUUUGCCUAAUUAGCAGUUUAAUGGGUCAAUAAUCAGCCUUGUCUCAGCAGCUACCUCCAUUCAGGACAGGUUUCUGCUCCCAUUCCUCUCCGAAUCUCCCAUCCUCCUAGGGAGGAGGGACUCUUGCUGGCUGCUCCCCACCUAGUUGCCCGACUUCUCUCUGGGGACCUGAAUCGGGCCCCUCCACAGCUCCCCACUGAUCUGCAGCCUGCAGGCAGCAAUCUCUCUGUUCCCGAAGGAGCACCGUGUCAUCAUUCCCACCAGAAAGUCGAUGCCUACUUUAUCAUGGGCAAAUCUUCUUACUGGAAACAAUUGUGCGGGAUCGUGGGAGGCUGCCUCCUACCAAGUCCCAUGAGCAUCUUAUUCUUGCUGGGAAGAAAGCAAUGACAUAGCUGGGGCGACACCACUUGGGAGUGGACAGAGCCUCUCGCCCUUUGACAUAGAGCUGGUUUGAAGGCUUAGAUGUCGGCUUCUCUGAGACCCAACACAGAGUGCAUUGGUCAGGCCUGGGUUUGGCAGAUUCAGCUGGACUUAGAGCCUCUGGCCCAGGGGGCAGGACCCUUCCUCACCCCAUGCUCCAACUGCCACUGCUCUAACUGUCGCUGGAACUUUGCCUCUCUCCUCCAGGACUUGCCCACCCUUUGGAUGUCUGCUGGCUCAGCACAGCUCUUUUGAGGUGAAAGCCUCAUUUCAGUGAUUUAGGCACUAGGGCACCGGGAAGGGAACCCACGUGGGUAUCUGAAGAUCUUUUGGUGCUGUUCAGCUGUGCUUGAGGGCUACUUUCUCAGAGGUGCUCCAGAAGAGAAGAAGAGAGAAGUACUUACUUUUCUCUUCACAAUGGAAAUGGACUUGCAGGUCAUUGUGCCAGUUGACCUCGGUUCUGGAGAUCAUCAGCACCUGGCUCGGAAAGCAGUAGAUGAAGGUGCAUCCCAAUCUGGUCGGCCCUCCACAUCUUCACCUGCAGAGAAGCCAAAGGAAGCUAAAGGAAAUCCAAGCCCAAAGGCUGACAAGCGAGCAAACAUCUAUGUGAUACAAAUUUCAGAUGACCCAACCCCAAAUGACAGCAGUGAAACAACAACACCCAGUCCACUCUCAGACAGAUCUGUCCGCCAAGCUUUUGUUGCAAAAGUGUUCCUCCUCCUGUCAGCUCAGCUGUUAAUCACUGCCAUAAUUAUUGGUACAUUUGUCUUCUGGAAAGCUUUAAGAGUGUGGGUGGUUACACACCCCUGGUUCAUAUGUGCACUCUUUCCAGCCUUUUUUGUUAUAUUUAUUGCACUCGCUUGCUGUGGGAAUAUCCGCCGGGAAGUGCCUGCAAAUUACAUUCUCCUGGGAUUGUUUACGGUUCUUGAAGGUCUGCUGCUAGGAACUGUAUCGGUUUUCUAUAGUGCUGAGGAAGUGCUGUGGGCAACGGCGACAACCACUCUGGUGACCUUAGCGAUCACUCUAUUUGCUCUACAAACAAAAUGGGAUUUUACCUGGCUAAAUGGAACACUGUUUGUUUUCCUCUGCGUACUUCUCAUCUAUGGAAUUUUGAUGCUCUUCAUACGAUCAUAUUGGCUGAACCUAUUGUACGCUGCACUCGGAACCCUGGUGUUCUCCUUGUACCUGGUGAUGGACGUGCAGCUCAUGGUAGGAGGGCACCAUUAUGACAUGGACCCUGAGGAGUAUGUUUUUGCUGCCCUGGAGAUCUACUUGGACAUCAUUAACCUUUUCCUUUUUAUUCUUCAACUGAAUGCACAAGCACGGUAGUUAUGUGGCCUUUGUCAGCUGAUGGUGAGAACAGAAGAAGGGCACUUGUGGACUGAUACCUGGCUCAGACAUGAACUUCAUAAGCCCUUUUAUUUAAAAAUUACAGUGAGAAUACUUUUUUCUUUCUUUACAAAAGAAACUAUGCAUUCAGUAGAGGAUAGCUGUUGUUGUUAUGCUUUUAAUUCUAUUGUCACAUACCAAAACUUGCUGGGAAUAUUCCUAAUUUUUAUAA